AGCUCAAUCGAUACUCUCCCUAGUUUUCGUCUCUCUCUAGCUUUCAAUUCCAAGUUUUCUCAGAUUUGUUUUGUAUAUAGAUCUCCUCGCGCUUAUACGAUAUAGCAGAAUUUGUGAUCGGAUUCUUCUUUUUUUUUUUUUUUUUUUUCGGUGAGGCCUAUAAGAAUUGGUGAAUAAUCUAGGUUUCCAAGGAUCUUGAUGUUGGUGGGUAGGUUUCAAAAGGUGAAAUUUUGUGAAUUCUAGAUGGUUCUAGACAUUCUUCGAGUUUAGGUUUUCUUAUCUGUUGCGGAGAUUCGAGUUUGAGGUAUCAGGUUUUUAGUUAUCUAGGAAAGUCACCGAAUUUGAUUCUCCGGCUGGAUGGAAUUGUUUGCCCACAAUUGAUUAUCGGUUCAUUCUCGCUAGCGUUGAAAUUUGGUUGCCUGCAUUAUCUUACUCUUUUUGUCCACCAGCAAAACUAUGUUUUUCGAUGGAUACCACCAUUAUCAUGGCACAACCUUUGAGCAGAGUUAUCGGUGUUAUCCGGCAUCUUUUAUUGACAAGCCACAAAUCGAAAGUGGAGACAAGAUUAUAAUGCCACCAUCAGCCCUUGAUCGUCUGGCCUCUUUGCAUAUUGACUAUCCGAUGCUGUUUGAGCUUCGUAAUGCUGGAAUUGAACGUGUGUCUCACUGUGGAGUCCUUGAGUUCAUUGCAGAAGAAGGCAUGAUUUACAUGCCAUAUUGGAUGAUGCAGAAUCUGCUACUGCAAGAAGGUGACAUUGUGAGAGUUAGAAAUGUCACACUUCCAAAGGGAACUUAUGUUAAACUACAGCCCCACACUACGGACUUUCUGGAUAUAUCUAACCCAAAAGCCAUCUUGGAGACUGCUUUGAGGAAUUACUCAUGCCUAACCACUGGAGAUAGCAUUAUGGUUCCAUACAACAAUAAGAAAUAUUUUAUAGAUAUAGUUGAAACAAAGCCUGCUAAUGGAAUCAGCAUCAUAGAAACAGACUGUGAGGUUGAUUUUGCACCUCCUCUUGAUUACAAGGAGCCUGAACGUCCCACAGCACCUGCUGCAGCUAAGGGUCCGGCAAAAGCUGAGGAGGUUGUGGCUGAGCCUGAACCAAAGUUCAACCCUUUCACGGGAUCUGGACGACGGUUAGAUGGGAGACCUCUUUCCUAUGAGCCCCCGCCUGCCUCUUUCUCAUCCUCUAGUUCAAAAGACAAACAACCUGCUGUUGCUAAUGGUAAUGGACAGUCAUCUGUAGCAAGUAGCUCAGAGAAAUCUGCGCGAAAGGCUCAAGGAAAGCUUGUGUUUGGUGCCAAUGCAAACCGUACUCCCAAAGAAGCUCCAAAGGUUGGAGCUGGAAAAGAGACAAAACAGGAGGAACAGGAGAAGAAAGAAGAUCCUAAGUUCCAAGCUUUCACUGGAAAGAAAUAUUCAUUGAGAGGUUGAUCAACUCGCACAAUCAGUUCGCUCAGACUAUUUAUGAUCCUCUCAUGUUGUGUAUUAUAAGUACUAGUGCUUCGAAUCAGAAAACAAAUAAUUUAAUAAAGUUCUGGCUUUACUUCUCUGGUUCUAUGUGAGAGAGAGAGGGGGAAAAUCGCUUUCUAUUAUCAGAUUUAAUGCAACUUUCUUCA